GUGUUCUCUCCUUCAUUUUAAUUUUUUUUCAUUAAUUUUAACUUCUCGCUUUCAUCGUCGUAUCAAAUAAAUUCUUUUGAGAUUCCGCGUUUUUAGAAUCGCGAAGUCAACAUAACCUCAACUCAAGGAAUCGUUUCGAAAUUCAACGUCGCGUAGCGUCAUGACGUGGAGCUUCGUGUAGUACGCGUUGUCACUUCACACUUCACACCAGCAGCCGGCCGUCAAUUUUUCGUGAAUCGUGAUCGUCAAUUGAUCCCGUGCUCUUGAAAAUUCAAGAUAUUACUUGUUGCUGUGCGUCUUAAUCUCCCAGACCAGUGCGUUUUAGGUCAGUCACCAUGAUUAGUCAAGCAGUGUUCGUUUUUCUCUCGCUCGUUGCGCUAUCCAGCGCCGAAUCAUGUGUCAGCCCCGAAGUCUCGGCCUCUUCUUACUACACACAAGAUGGUAUCGUAUUGACGCAUGUUGGUUUCAUCAUUGAAUUCAGUCUCAAGUGCGCUAACAACGUCAAAGAUCUUGCGCUUGUUGCGGAGGUAGAUGGCAAGCUCCUCCCAGAGGCUAAAGUGACAGGCAACGACCGCUACCAGGUCAGCUGGGUUGAAGAUAUCAAGAAGUUCCGCAGCGGAGAACGUUUUGUCAACCUAUUCGACGAAGAAGGUGCUGUAGCUUUGAGGAAGGCACUCAGAAAUGGCGACGACAUCUCAUCCAUCAAACCUUUGGUCACAAUUGCAGUUAGUCAUCCUGGAACGUACCAAGGUCCAUGGGUCAACUCAGAAUUCCUUGCAACUAGUCUGGCAAUCGGAGUUUGGUAUGCUGCUUACUCUCUCAAAUCGAAGUUGCUCGCUCAGUGAGAAUCUUAGUGAGUACCUGAAUAGCUUUAAUUUAACCUUGUCCAUCUAAGGAAGAAUCAAUUUUGUUGAAACCCAAAACCAAAUUUCAUGGGGCUUUUUGAUUAACAGUCUUUUAGUUCAUCCCUCAGGUACUUUUUUAUUGUUGAAUUUGAUUCCUAGCUAUCAUGACAUGUAUUUGCACGUUGAUGCUGGGUCAUAAAUAUCUAGAGCUCGCGCAUCGUACAUUGAGACAAACGUCAAAGUAUUGUUUAUGCCUCCAGUCAUCAGUGGUGCCCUCUGACUGCAUGUAUGAACCUGCUGAAUGGUGCAAGUUCGGAGCUAAUCAGAGAUUGACGUUUGUCUCAACAUACAAUGCACGAGCUCUAACACAUUACUCUUGACGACUGUUCCGAUGUCAGGUAUGCAUCAACAAAGUGUUUUAAUACUCAUGGAAGGCCAAUGAAGCAAUUGUUUUGUAAAAAGAAAAAAAAAGCUGUACAAAAUAGGUAAAUUAAUUCUUUUGUUUUUUCUAUGUGUAGGCAGUAAGUAGGUUGUGUCUUUAAAAUUAUUGAUUUUUCUGUUUUAAGAAAAAUGUAAGCUACAAAGUUAUACAUAUUAAAUUACCUAAGUACCUCCAGA